UGAGGGUGACAUAAAGGCUCUCGGCGAAGCACGUGACUCCUCUCCUCCCGACCGCCGCCGCGCCGCCAUAAUGGACACCAGCCGUGUGCAGCCCAUUAAGCUGGCCAGAGUCACCAAGGUGCUGGGCAGGACCGGCUCGCAGGGACAGUGCACGCAGGUGCGCGUGGAGUUCAUGGACGACACGAGCCGCUCCAUCAUCCGCAACGUGAAAGGCCCCGUGCGUGAGGGCGACGUACUCACUCUGUUGGAGUCAGAGCGAGAGGCUCGGAGGCUUCGUUGAGGCUGCUGCCGGGUCCUGGAUGUCUCUGGUCGACCACUUGGCCCACGGGGAUGAUCUGCGAUUUUUCAAUAAAGCAUAUAUGUUGUAUGUAAA